AAAUGAAGUUUCCGUGGAGACAGCGGAGCCUGCAGAAGACUGUGGCAUCGGCAUCCGCACCUGCGGUCGGAGGCCCAAGCUGGGCAUGGCGGCGCCGACGGUCCUGUAAGAACGAAGCGGCCGCAGGGUCCGCCAUGCGCCGGCGCCCCUGACAUGGGCGCCAGCGGCUCCAAAGCUCGGGGCCUGUGGCCCUUCGCCUCGGCGGCGGGGGGUGGCGGCCCGGAGGCGGCGGUCUCUGAGCAAGCUUUGGUGCGUCCGCGAGGCCGAGUCGUUCCCCCCUUCGUAUUCACGCGCCGCGGCUCCAUGUUCUAUGACGAGGAUGGGGAUCUGGCUCACGAAUUCUAUGAGGAGACAAUCAUCACCAAGAACGGGCAGAAGCGGGCCAAGCUGAGGCGGGUGCAUAAGAACCUGAUUCCUCAGGGCAUCGUGAAGCUGGAUCACCCCCGCAUCCACGUGGAUUUCCCUGUGAUCCUCUAUGAGAUGUGAGCCUGGGGGGUGACAGGCAUAAGCACCCCCUGUCUCAGCAAGAAACCCCCAGGCUCAAGGUGUGGCUUCCGUUGAACUUAGGUUGAAGCCACACCCUAAAUAAACUCCAUUGGCCCGGAACCUACAGCUGUAAGCAGGGAAGUCCUGCAUUGUUGGUUGGGUGCUGGUUUGUAUGCUGACAAGAAGUGGCUGGUGGCUGGCAAGGGCUAAUAGCAGAGUUACCAGCCCACCUUCCCCAGCAGUCCCUACAAGGAGCAUGGCAGGGCAUAUGCUGAUGGGGAAUGCCUGGUUCCUGUGCCCAUGCCUGGCCUGCUUUCUACCAAGCUUGCCUUGGGCCCAGCCCUACUAAGAGGCUACAGCACUUUACAAGUAAGGUCUGCCUUCUUCCAGCCCCUCGGCUGUGAGAGCUGUACACAAGUGAGAACUUCCUUUCCCUCACUUCCUUCACCCCUUCGUUGGAGCAUUUCAGCCGUUUGCUACCUCGAUUCCUCCUCUGUUGGGCAGAGGCUGGGGGCAACGCAAGCCUGAUUCUUCCUGCCUACCUGCCCAUGUAUUCCCACCCCCAGAUGGAUGGACAGUUUGUUGGCUGUUAAUAGGAGUAGAGACUGGUGUGGGAGGCUUCUCCCCCCACCCAGGACUGGGCUGAUCCCUCCCUACUGCAACUAGUUGUUGUCCUUUAUUGUUACCUCCUCCCCACAUCCCCCAGUUGAGUGGGCAUAGGAUGAGAUCAGAAAGGGCUAUGGAAGCCUGUGCCUGUGGGGAGUUGCCCCAACCCACCUACUCCGUAUAAUCCCCCUUGCCUUUGCUCCAGCCCUCUCCCCGAUUGGGAGGAGACCAUCCGCCACCCGUGGUGAGGGACAGCGCCCUAGGGCUGGUGCCAGUAGCUCUGAGGAGCCCACCACCCCUUCUUUCCCCUAUAGUAUGCCCAUCCCUUCAGGAUCAGUCAAGGGAAAGUAGGGACAGAAAGGAGAGAACAACCAUAAAAGGAAUACUUCAAAUGUGAAAGUUUGUAAAUAGUCUAGUCCAUGAUGUUGGGGCAGCAUCUGAUUUCUACAUAGAAAUGACUUUUUUUUUUUUUUUAAUUCCUUAUUGUGCAAGCUAUGUGCUUCAAGAGUGGAAAAUGCUAUGGGGAGGGUGGCCCCAAUCUAGAAAGGCUGUUGUGUUAUUUGUUCAGUUUCAAUAAAAUUAUUUGUAGACCCUGCA